AUGCUUGCCCUCACCGUUCGCGUCUCAGCUCGUCCGUUCACUCGCUCGUGGAUCCGCCUCAUGUCCUCUAACCAGACAGACUCUCAGGCCGACGUUGCAGCCGACAGGGCUGCCUCUGACUUCCCUGCCCGCCCGAACGCCGAGAUGCAGGCGGACACUGUCAAGUUCCUGAAAGUCGAGGACCAACUCCGCAGCAACCCGCCGAAGGACGCGGAGCAGGCCGCGGCUGAUUUUGCAAAGCUUCAGGAGGUAGGGACGACGUCUUGGCUGUGGCUGACUUCAAGGCCGAGAAGCCCAAGCAGACUUGAGGAGAAUGGGUAUGAGUGA